AUGAAAGCCUGCUAUCUUACCAUCGCAGAAAGGGUCCUAGGGGCUUAUGUUUUCCAACGCCAUGGGGACCGCACAGCUGAAGCCUGGCCACCUACUAAAUUGAGCAUUCUGGGUUACGGUCAAGAUGCCGACAUAGUCAACUUGGCCCAGGUUAUCGCGAGUGCGCCGCAAGAUUAUGUUAUCAAGAACCCAGGAGAUGGGUUCCUACCAUCCUGCAACAAUGCCAAAGUUGGCCGCAAUAGCUACUUCCCCUCAAACUCGUUUAAAAGCCUAUUGUCGUCUAGUAGGGAGCUUUAUCGGUCUCUUGAACCGCUGGUUAAUGAACUUGAGCUGAACUAUAAGAAUGGAUACACCAGCUUCUUAUUCUUGCGAACGAGCACGAGUUUUAACAUAGCAUACAACAGUUCAGAUGAGAUACGUGCUGUUGCUGGUAUGACUCUUGAUGUCAAGGUUCUCACAGGUUUAAACGAAAAAAUUAUAUCUGGCGGCAAAUCCAAACUGAACAUUCAAUUUAGUGCCUACGCCUCUUUCAUUUCGUAUUUCGGACUGGUCAAGCCCCAAAACGCAGAUGAAAAGUUCGCUAAGCUUGUGAGAAAUGAUUCUGGCACCGGGAUUCCCCCCACAUCAGAUAUUAGAGUCCGCUUCAUGUUUCACAAUGAAACUAGCGUUGAGGGCUCGACACAGCUACAAGCUUAUCUGCUUUUUGGACAAUCCACUCUCAAGCUUCCUUCGGGGCGGUUUGUUGAGAAGUCAAAUCAGGUUGCCAUUUCAUCUCAGCAGCAAUGGUGUCAGGCCUGUGGAAAUACCACUGGAGUCUGCGCUUCGACUUCCGAUGAUACCGGCGGGGAUAGUUCAUCCUCCAGCUCAUCGUCUCUUUCUUCCUCGAACAGUGAGAUGAGCUUAGGAGUGGCAGGUGUCAUUGGUGCGAUGGUGACUUUGUGUGUUCCUGCUGGGCUGUUGUGCGCUCACCGGUAUUUAUCGACCGGAUGCUUCUCCCACACCGUCGAUGAACGAUUUAGCGUAGGAAGCUCUGAUGGGAAGUAG